AUCUCGAAUGCGACUCGACCUAAUCCCUCCCAUUUCCCCCCCCCCAAAGGUAAAGAAUCGACAACGCCAACGCGUCGUUCAACCGACUCCGAAUCGCGCUUUCCGUUGGGUUAAGUUAAGUAUUACACUUAACACCAAAAAGGAAUCGAAUUGCGAGUUGACUAAAAAAAAAAAUCGAAGAGAAUCGCCCGCUGGAGUCGACCCCGGAAGUGCGGCGGUGGGUGGCUUCAACCGACGAUGGCGGCCGCCGGCUCAUCCACAGCGGUGGCGGGGAGCGGUCGAGCGGAGUUCGUGGUGGGAGGGAAAUACAAACUGGUGAGGAAGAUUGGGAGCGGCUCCUUCGGAGACAUCUACCUGGCCAUGAACAUCACCACGGGAGAGGAAGUGGCUGUGAAGCUGGAAUCCCAGAAGGCUCGACAUCCUCAGCUGCUGUACGAGAGUAAGUUGUACAAGAUCCUGCAAGGAGGAGUGGGCAUUCCAAAUAUACGGUGGUUUGGACAGGAGCGUGAGUACAACGUGCUGGUGAUGGACAUUCUGGGUCCCAGCCUGGAGGAUCUCUUCAACUUUUGCUCACGGCGAUUCACCAUGAAGACCGUGCUGAUGCUGGCCGACCAGAUGAUCAGCAGAGUGGAAUAUGUUCACAACAAGAACUUCAUACACAGAGACAUCAAGCCGGACAACUUUCUCAUGGGGGUGGGGAGGCAUUGCAACAAGCUGUACCUCAUCGACUUUGGACUCGCCAAGAAGUAUCGAGACAGCCGAACCCGGCAGCACAUUCCAUACCGUGAGGAUAAAAACCUGACGGGCACAGCGAGAUACGCCUCCAUCAACGCUCACCUGGGGAUCGAGCAGAGCCGGCGUGACGACAUGGAGUCUCUGGGCUACGUGUUGAUGUACUUUAACCGCACCAGCCUACCUUGGCAGGGACUCAAGGCGGCCACUAAGAAACAGAAGUAUGAGAAGAUCAGUGAGAAGAAAAUGUCCACCCCAGUGGAGGUCCUGUGCAAGGGUUACCCGGCUGAGUUUUCGAUGUACUUGAACUAUUGCCGCGGCCUUCGUUUUGAGGAGACGCCGGACUACAUGUACCUGCGUCAGCUGUUCCGCAUCCUCUUCAGAACCCUGAACUACCAGUACGACUACAUGUUUGACUGGACCAUGCUGAAACAGAAGGGAGCCACUUCAACUCCCGGUUCCUCCACCAAUCCGAGUGGCUACCCAGAACGGUCCAAAAGCAAAGGAGGGCUCUGAUGGAGGUGGUGAUGCUGGCUACUGGUGGAGCAGCUCACCAAC